CCUUCGGCCACCAUGAACACCAACGUGUGCGUGGAGAGCGGCCCCAACCCCGAGGCGCCGGGGCUGCCCAAGGACAGCCACCUGCCCGAGGGGGCCCUCAACAGCCUUGUGGAUUACAACUCGGAGAUGGAGAGGUACCGCUCCUUCGCCACCUUCUACAAGACCAACGGCGGCGCCUUCCCCCAGGCGGCCAAGAUCGCCCGCAUCACCACCCCCAUCUUCCCCAGCGCCGCCGCCGCUGCCGCCGCCCGCAUCGGCAUGUCCCCCUGGAACUGCGACACCGCCACGGCCGCCGCCGCCACCGCCAUGCUCUGGGGCAGCGGCGGCGGCGGCGCGGCGGGAGGUGCGAGGAAGCCCUCCUCCUCCUCCUCUUCCUCCUCCUCCGCCGCCGCUGCCGCCGCUGCCUCCGCCUCCGCGGCCGCCGCCGCCGCCUCCUCGCUGCACGCCGGCAGGGGCGGCAUGCACCACCGGAGCGACUCGCAGCGGCUGGGCAAGCCCGGCUGCCCGCCGGCCGAGCAGCCCGCCCUGCCCAUGGCGAACGGCAACUUCCUCUCCACCCUCUCCCCCGAGCACUGCCGGCCGCUGGCCGGCGAGUGUAUGAACAAGCUCAAGUGCGGCGCCGCCGAAGCCGAGAUCAUGAACCUCCCCGAACGAGUCGGUACUUUCUCGGCCAUCCCGGCGCUGGGCGGCCUCUCCCUGCCCCCCGGGGUCAUCGUCAUGACGGCUCUGCACUCCCCCGCCGCGGCUUCGGCCGCCGUUACAGACAGCGCCUUCCAAAUCGCCAACCUGGCGGACUGCCCGCAGAGCCACGCCUCGGCCUCGCCCGCCUCCGCCCUGGGCGCCGCGGCCGGCGCGGGGGGCGGUGGAGGCGGCGGUGGCGGAGGAGGUGGCGGCGGCGGAGGGGGGGCCGGCGGCGGAGGGGCCGGGGCCGGGGCGGGCAACCCCGCCAAGAAGAAGCGGAAACGCUGCGGGGUGUGCGUGCCCUGCAAGCGGCUCAUCAACUGUGGAGUCUGCAGCAGUUGCAGGAACCGCAAAACGGGACACCAGAUCUGCAAAUUUAGGAAAUGUGAAGAGCUUAAGAAAAAACCGGGCACUUCGCUAGAGGUAAAGGAAUGCCUUGGCAUGAAAACCUGCUCUGAAUCCACUGCCUGCUUGACAGAUACAUACAAAGACCUGAAACAUGAGAAAACUGGAUGGUUGCAAGAAAAAAAAAAUUGA